AUGCGCAAGAUGUACGAGGGACAAGCUGCUGCGACAGAAGAGAAAGAGAGCGCGGUGUUGGCUGCUAUAGAGUCGGUCAAAGCUGGUGGCAAACGGGCCCGCAUGACCGAGUACCUUGAGGGCGACGCUGCUGCGGCAAAAUGUGAAGCACACAAAGGCCUUGCGCUCAUGUUUGCCGCAUUUCGCCUCCUAGAGAACCUCAUCGACCAUCUGCUCUUCGUCAACUCUAUGCACCUGGUUGCACGCAGCGGUCACGGCUACAUUCCCCCACAUUGCAAGUACAUCGGCGGGGCCGGACUGCUCGCUUGCCGCAAGGGUACUGAGAACGGCGUGAUGGGGAUCAAGGCUAGCUGGAAGAAGACGGGUGUUACCAUCGCGUCCGACAUGAUGACGGACAAGUGUGGCAGGCCGCAGGCAAAUGUCCUCCUCGUGAAUGACGCUUGCGCCGUCCUGAAGGAGUGUGUGGACUACAACAUGGAGAAGAAGAUAGGGGGAUAUGUUGCGUGGUUACUGAAACCCGUCGUGGAGAAAGUGGGACCUGUGAACAUCGUUGCGCUCUAUAUGGAUGGGGAUUUUAACUACGCAUCGGUGUGCCAGAAGCUGAUUGAGAUGUGGCCCCACAUUCAGCAGGUUCCUUAUGCCACCCACGUCAUGGACCUGAUGAUGGAGGACGUGGGGAAAAUGGGCUCCACCCUCACGCAGAUGGUCCUCGGCAACGAGUGGAAGGAGUGGGCUGCUUGCUCGCUCAAGGUGGCUGCAGAGAAGUUUGCCGCAUUGGUACUCGACUCGACUUGGUGGAAAACAGCCGAGUUUUUCACCAAGCUGCUGGAGCUCCCUUUCGAGGCGAUGUGCAAGACGGACGGGGAGGCAAAAGGGCUGAUGGGCAGGAUCUACGACGUGAUGCUCCAACGCACAGAGGACGUUGGGGCUCUCGUGGAUGCCGAUGAGAAGCAGUUGUGCUAUAGCGAGAAGCAACAGAUCCGCCGCAUCCUAAAAACUGGUGGGACGGGAGCCUCGCGUGCGCCAUGCAUGUGGCAGGCCAUGCACGCCAACCUCAACCCCGCGAACCAGGAAGAAGACAUCUUUGGAAGCGACGCCGAAUGCACGCACGUCUUCAAAGCGUUCCUUCACCAGCAUGCGCAGUUUCUCGUUGGCCACGACGGGAAGGGGAGGGAUGGGGCCUGUGAUUACUUGGUUAAGUUGGGGGACGGGCUGAGGGAUAUCUUGGACAUGAAGGGGAGUUUCGGGAUGGCGGAGGCUGUGACACAAAGGGAGAAGGUGAAGGCGGGCACUUACAGCAUGGUGAAGCGGUGGCAGUGGAACGGGACAGAUGCCCCCCGCAUUGCGUCCCUCACCAUCCGGAUUCUCUCUCACAGCCCGUCUUGGCUUCACCCUCCGAAGCCCCCCAUCCUCAAAGGUUACAAUGUGCUGGAUGAGGAGGAAGAGGAGGAGGAGGAGGAGGAGGAGGAGGAGGAGGAGGAGGAGGAGGAGGAGGAGGAGGAGGAGGAGGAGGAGGAAGAGGAGGAGGAGGAGGAUGACGACGACAUCUUGGAGGACGAGUAUGAGUAG